AGUAAAAAUAUAACAAGCAAAAAAAGUUAGUAAAUUUGAAAAAUCAUCGAUAUUUGGAUGUUGAAAAUAUCGAUAGUAUAUUAUCGAAGAGCACAGAAGGUUAGGUUAUGUGUUGCACGCUCAAUGAGUCAAGAUUGCGUUAAUGUUUUAGUAGUACACGUGUUGUGAGGACUGUUUUUAGAAUUAUUAAUUGUAUUUUAAUUGCAUCAAUACUUUAUCUAGUGACAAUGGCAGAGGAAAACGGUUCCACUGAUACGAAAGUAGAAAACACAUCUGAAACUGUAGCAACAGAGAAGACUGUCGAAGAAUUAAAAUCGGAGAACAAAGUAAGUGAUGAAGAAAUUUCAGAUCUUGAAAAAAACAUCAUUCGCCAAGUUGAGUAUUACUUUGGAGACAGCAACUUGCCCAGAGAUAAAUUCCUCCAAGAACAGAUAAAAUUAGAUGAUGGAUGGAUUUCUCUUACAGUUUUACUUACUUUUAAGAGGUUAUCUAGCAUGACCACAAAUCAAGAGGUAAUUGCUAAAGCUUUACUUAAGUCUACUAAUGAUCUCUUAGAAGUUUCUGAAGAUCACUCUAAGGUCAGGCGUUCUUUGGCAAAGCCUGUUCCUGAAAUGAAUGAAGAAAGGCGUAAAGCAUUGAUGUCCAGAACUGUAUAUGCUAAAGGUUUUCCUUUAGAUGCUAAGCUGGACAGUAUAUUAGACUUUUUUAAAGAUUAUGAGUUUGUAGAAAAUGUUAUAAUGCGUACAUAUUUAGAUAAAGUAAACAAAAAGUAUUGUUUUAAGGGAAGCGUUUUUGCUACAUUUGCCACUGAAGAGCAAUCUAAAAAGUUUUUAGAGAUUGAAAAAGUUACUUACUUAGACCAAGAACUGUUAUGUAUGUCACAGAAUGAUUACCACGAAAUGAAAAAAAAUGAAAGGUCUUCCGGUAAGAAUAAAUCCAAAAAAGCUGAAGAAGAUACUAAAGAAGCUUUUCGUCCUCCUAAUGGAACAGUAAUUUUCUUAGAAGGCUUGCCAGAAAAUGCAACUCGUGAAGAUAUCAAAGAAGUGUUCAUUGAACUAGAGGCAGAAGUUGCAUAUGUAGAUUACAAUAAAGGUGAUAAAUCUGGUUGGAUAAGGUUCCACAAUGAAGACAGUGGUAAAGAGAUUAUUAAAAAAAUAACUGAUGGCAAACUCAAAAUCUGUGAUUCUGAAGUAACAGCUAGAUUAUUAGAAGGUGAAGAAGAAACAAAGUUUUUAGAUAAAGUCGUUGAAGACAUGAAAAAUUACAGACAAAAACAAUCACAUGGCCGCAAGGGACGUGGUGGUAGAGGUGGUGGCAGAGGAGGUAGAGGUGGUUGGAAUAACAGGAAACGCAAAGCAGAUGGUGAAAAUGGAGGUCCACCUGCUAAACAAUAAAUAUCGCUGAAAAAUAUCAUCUUUUUUAAUUUAAUGUAUGAUA